GGUUCAUUAUUAGUAAAGGAAAAGGAGGGUUUUUAUUUUUUUUCUCCCACGAUAUUCUUUGCCUGUGGCGGAUGUUAUCCAGUAGUAAUUUAGUGUUGACGAUAUUCUCUGGCGAAAAAUAAUAGUGACGCACGUACUGCUGCUUCCAAAACCUAUGAUUUGUAAUUCAUCCUAAUCCAGUUUUCUGGAUAAAGCGGUGCCUAUUCUGCUGAUGCACUGAUCAGGAGAAGGCAUGUCGAGCGCUGUAGCGAAUGGACUUGCAGGAGCAGGAGGUGGUUUAAUUGCUCAGAUUUUAACAUACCCUCUUCAAACGGUUAACACACGCCAGCAAACUGAGAGAAUUGUCAAGAAAGGGCUUGAUGGUGGCCAUGAAACCUCUUCCUCUGGAAAUCGGCGUCCUGGAGGCACACUUGUUCAAAUGAUCCAGGUUAUUAAAACCGAGGGUUGGGGUGGACUUUACAGUGGUCUGAAGCCUUCUCUGUUUGGAACUAUUGCUUCACAGGGUGUUUAUUAUUACUUCUACCAAGUUUUCAAGAACAAGGCUGAGUCAAUAGCCACUGCACGCAAGGUCAAAGGGCUAGGUGAUGGAAAUGUUGGAAUGAUUUCGUGGCUUGCUGUUGCAGCGAUGGCAGGAUCCUUGAAUGUUUUGCUGACAAUUCCAAUGUGGGUACUCGUCACUCGCAUGCAGACACAAACCCAAGCAGAAAGAAACAUAAUGGAGAGAAAGAGGGACGCCCUUUUGAGGGAAGCUUCUGAAAACAGUGCGGCAGCGUCUACAUUGCCCGAGAAGUUGGCUGAACUCGAAUCGUCAAAACCGAAACCAUAUGGAACAUUGCAAGCUGCAGCUGAGGUUUACAGUGAAGCAGGAAUUAGAGGAUUUUGGAAGGGCAUUAUUCCUACCCUGAUAAUGGUUUGCAACCCAUCAAUCCAGUUCAUGAUUUAUGAGACUUCACUAAGGUCUCUCAAAGAAAAGCGGGCAACUAACAAGCAUGGAGUGAAGCAAAUAACGGCUUUGGAGGUUUUCUUUCUUGGCGCUGUGGCUAAACUCGGUGCAACAGUUGCAACAUAUCCGUUGUUGGUUGUCAAGUCAAGGCUGCAGGCAAAACAAGAUAUUGGCAGUAAUGUCUCAUUGAGAUACUCAGGUACGCUGGAUGCAAUUGUAAAAAUGAUCCGAUAUGAAGGAAUAUUUGGAUUUUACAAAGGGAUGAGCACAAAGAUAGUGCAAAGUGUUUUUGCUGCGUCUGUACUUUUCAUGGUGAAGGAAGAGCUUGUCAAGUAUUUUACGAUUCUGGCAUAUAAGAGUCGCAAGAUCAGACUCAAUGCAUUAAGAUGAUGAUGAUGUCACUGGCAGUCUGGUUAAACCUUUUCUUCUGGACAUCAGAACUAUUAGAAACUUCAAAAACAGAUACCAAGUAUUCUUUUAUCCUUAUUAUAAUGUACAUAACUUGAAAUUCUUUGAUCAUUACUCUUUAGGUUUACUAGCUUUGAUAGGCGAUAGCGAGCAAAUUAAAUACUCUGUAUUACUACAGUGAUACCCAUUUUAAGACUGAGGACAUCUUUUCUGCGCCUGAA